AUUUAAUGCCUGAAGUUGAAAAGGUUAAUGCCAACAGGUUCUUUAUGAUUCUGUUAUUUCGCAAUUACAGGAGAGUGAAGAUUCAAGGUUGGAAGUAAAGAUCGAGGAGAAUCGCUUUCUACGGUGAAACGGGGGCGACCUUUGUUUGAUCCUUAUUUGGAAGGAUUUCGUUGACUAUCUUCGUGUUAAUCCCUAGGUUUAACUAGAAAGGAUUGAAGGUAGUGGAGAAGGAAAGAUUGUUUAUAAAUUGGGAGCUAAGCAAAUCACUUCGUCUGCAUACCAUCCAGAAUCGCAGGGUGCCUUGGAGAGGUUUCAUUCUACCCUCAAGAAUAUGAUUAGGACAUUUUGUGCGGAAAAUGAAAGUGACUGGAAUGAGGGUAUAAACUUACUUUUAUUUGCAGUAAGGGAAUCGGUACAGGAAUCUUUAGGUUUUAGUCCAUUUGAACUUGUGUUUGGGCAUAGAGUUAGAGGACCUUUAGCGUUGUUGAAAGAACAGUGGAUUAAUAAGGAACUACAUACUAAUUUGUUGGACUAUGUGUUGAAAUUUAAGGACAGGUUACAUAAAGCUUGUAGCUUAGCUGAGGAAAAUUUAAAGUUGGCUCAGGAGAAAAUGAAGACUUGGUAUGAUAAAGACGCUAGGAUGAGGAUGUUUAAGCCUGGAGAUAAGGUGUUGGUUCUUUUCCCAGUGCAGACAAAUCCUUUACAAACUAGAUUUCAUGGUCCUUAUGAAAUUGUGUCUAAAAUUAAUGAUGUGGAUUACGUGGUAAAAACUCCAGAUCGUAGAAGGUCAACACAACUUUGCCAUAUAAAUAUGUUGAAACCAUAUUUUGAGAAACAAUCUGAUGCUGUGACUGUUGUGGUUAGUGAGAAUGAGUUUGAUUUAACUAGGAACAUGAUAGAUGAUUCAUCUGACUUUCAUUCUAAAUCCAACAUUGUUUCUGUUAGGUUACCAAAUUCAACCAUUCUGGAAAAUAUUGAUGAAAAAUUAGCACAUUUACAGUUAGAGCAGAGACAACAGAUGAAGGAGUUGAUUUUUAAAUAUGGGGAGUUGUUUCCAGAUGUUCCGAGAAGGACUACUAUAGCUUCACAUGAUGUAGAUGUUGGGGAUGCCAAACCUAUUAAACAACAUCCAUAUAGGAUGAACAUGGAAAAAUGUGAACUUGCUGAGAAAGAAAUUGAAUACAUGUUAGAGAAUAAUAUCAUUAGACAUUCUAACUCAAAUUGGAGUUCGCCAUGUGUUAUGGUGCCAAAGCCAGAUGGUAGUAUUAGGUUUUGUACGGAUUAUAGGAAGGUGAAUGCUGUAACGAAAACAGAUGCAUAUCCAAUUCCUAGAGUAGAUGAUUGUGUAGAUAAGUUGGAAAGGCAAAGUUCCUUACAAAGAUUGAUUUAUUGAAAGGGUAUUGGUGUGUUCCAUUAACGGACAGAGGUAGAGAGAUUUCUGCAUUUGUAACUCCAUCUGGGUUAUAUGAGUAUAAUGUUCUUCCAUUUGGGAUGAAGAAUGCCCCAGGUACUUUCCAGAGGAUGAUUAACUUUGUGAUUCAGGGAUUGAAAGAUACUGAUGCUUAUAUUGAUGAUUUAGUGACAGGAAAUGAUACUUGGGAAGCACACAUUAUUGCGAUGGAGAAAUUGUUUGAAAGGCUUUCAAAAGCUAACUUAACUAUUAAUUUAGCUAAGAGUGAAUUUGGACAUGCCACUGUGACUUACCUUGGUUAUGUUGUGGGUCAAGGUAAGGUAGCUCCUGUUCAGGCAAAAGUUCAGGCAAUUUUAGAG